UCCCCUCCCCGUCCACAAGGCACACCCCGCACUGUGCACAGGCGAGGAGAGAUACUACACUACUCCAUGCUCACUCAACAGACGGUGCAGAGCACCGGAAGUUACUUUUCGCAUCAGGUUUGCCAGCCCUAUGGGGCGGGACUUCCGUUGCAUCCGUUGCCUGGAGACGGAAGGUGAACAGCGAGGCCGGUGAUGCUCCUUGUCUGGAUUCCCACGUGGUUCUAACACCAUGUCCAGCCGCAAAUCUAAAUCAGGAGCUGGAAAAGCAACAAAGAAAUCCAUUCAGCCAGCAAGGAGAGAUUUGGGAGCUCACCCUCCCACCAAAAAUCCAAGCACUUCUGGCCGCAACAAGUCCAAAAAUGACAAGGGAAAGCUUGCUCCUGAUGUGGCCCAGGUUAAAGGCGAAGGCACUGUAGAAGCGAGGUCAGCCAUCACCAUCCAGUGCGCUUUCCGGCAGUAUUUGGCACGUAAGAAGAGGGCAAUGCGGCUGAGGGAGAAGAAGGAGUUCGAGGAACAGAUGGAGAAACUCGAGAGAGAGGCUUUCGUCGCCCUGGUGCGGAGAGAGCAGGAGACCGCAGCAAGGGAGCGAGAAAAGGAGGAGAUGGAGCGAAGGCGCAGGCAGGAGGAACAGAAAUGCAGGUCCCGCAUGCUGGAGGCAGCUUUUGAGGGCGAUGUGGAGGAGAUCCAAAGCAUACUGAAGGAGGUUUCUGAGUUGGAUACGAAGAAUGGAGUGGCCUUUGACCAGAUAGGGCAGGUGCUGAGACGACGUCACCAGCUAGACAUGGUGGACUGCACCGAUGCCCAUGGAAACACACCCUUGUCAGAGGCAGCUGGUGGCGGGCAUCCCAGUGCCAUCAAAUACCUGAUCGAGAAAGGAGCCAAUCCCAAUUCAAAGGGUGCGUACGGACGGACCCCUCUGUACCGCGCAGCAUUUGGGGGCCAUGUUGCUGCUGUUCAGACUCUAUUACAGAGCGGAGCCGACCCUCGGGUCAACGCCGAGGAUGGUACGACGCCUGUGGAGGUGGCGUCGACAGACCCCACCCUUAGGACUCUGCAGGACUGGGAUAUUAGCAUCACUGUGGUCCUGAGGGAGAGGCUGGAAGCCGAUCUGCAAUGCAGGAGAGAAGCCGAGAAGCGGCAGAAAGAGGAGGAAGCUGACAGGAUCCAGAGCCAGGUUUCAGAACUGACGAAGGAGUUGUCCCAGUAUCAGCACGAGCUGCAGAAAGCAUAUUGUGAACUCCACAAACGCAUCAACGAGCACGACAAGUGUGUGAGCAAGGACAUGGGCAAGACCAACAUCACACUGCAGGCUGUCCACGAUGCAGAGGAACUGUUGGCAGUGAAGAGGUCAGCAGUGGCCGAGGCAGAGCAGAAACUCUCACUGGCCAAGCUGCAGCUGAGGGAGAGGCUUCAGAGAGAAGCGUCAUUGACGGAGCUAAAAGGAACCCUGUGUCACAUUCGGGAGCUGGAUGACGUCCUGCUGAAGGAUGUGGGUGACAAGAUCAAGCAAGAUGGCAGGUGGCCACUCAUUAUUGACCCUUCCGGCCAAGCCAGCACCUUCCUGCGGUACCGCGACACCAACUUCCACAACGCCCUCAAUCCCAGCCAUAUGAAGCCUGAGGUUCUGCGGCUCGGUCUGCUCGGAGCUAUCAGGUACGGCAAAAUGCUUGUCAUCGACAUGAUGGAGGUGAACAUGUUCCAGGUGGUGACGGCGGUGUUUAAGCAGAUCCAGGCCGGACUCAUGGAGAAGUUACUGAGUAAAGUGUUGCUGCAGAAAGAUGGAUUUCUGUCGUUGAUCCAGCCAGGAGAUGGGCCGGAGUAUUCCCGCAAUGAAUUCUCACCCAGCCGAGUGGAGAAAUUCCAACUGGUAUUCCUCACUAAGCAGCAGACCCUCGCGAAAGAACUGCUCAGCAUUUUCUACCCGAUUCAGAUCAUCAUCAAGUAGGCAGGCAGCAGCAGAGCAGCCUGACAGACACUCUCUCACUCUCUGCUCCAUUCAGCGCCAAGGUGACCAGGCAGUGGCCCCGGACACCUGCGAUAGUGGAUCGGGGUAUAUCACAGCUGAGUUCUGGGAACUGCAACAGAGCCAGCCGGAUGCAGCUGUACCCAUGGAUCCCAC